CCGAGGGAGCGAGCGAGCAAGCGCAGAGAACAGGACCCGAAAAAAAAGCCAUACAACACACACACAGAGAGAGAGGAGAGAAGAGAGAGAGAGAAGAGAGAGAGAGCAGAGGCAGGCAGGCAAGCAAGCAAGCAAUGUCGUCCAUUUUGCCGUUCACGCCGCCUAUCGUGAAGCGCCUGCUGAGCUGGAAGAAGGGAGAAGUGCAGAGCAGCCAAGAGGAGAAAUGGUGCGAGAAGGCCGUGAAGAGCUUGGUGAAGAGGCUCAAGAAGACUGGGCAGCUGGACGAGUUGGAGAAGGCCAUCACGUCGCAGACGAGCGCAACCAAGUGCAUCACCAUCCCCAGGUCCCUGGAUGGGCGUCUGCAGGUGUCACACCGGAAAGGCCUCCCGCACGUCAUCUACUGCCGGCUGUGGCGUUGGCCAGACCUGCACAGCCACCACGAGCUACGCGCCAUCGACUGCUGUGAAUUCGCCUUCAACCUCAAGAAGAUGGAGGUGUGCGUCAACCCCUACCACUACGAGCAGGUGGAGACGCCCGUGCUGCCGCCCGUGCUGGUUCCUCGCCACACGGAGAUCCCGGAGCUGCCGCCGCUGGAUGACUACACUUCCGUGCCUGAGAACACCAACUUCCCCACUGGCCUGCCCAGCACCUACAUUCCGGAGACCCCUCCACCGGGUUAUCUCAGUGAAGAUGGGGAAAGCAGUGAUAUGCAAAUGCCCCGCAGCAUGGACUCAAGCCCGUCAUCAGAGCAGAUGUCUCCCGCUCCCAUGCCUCCGUCGAGCAGCACUACAGGGGACCUGCAACCGGUGAUGUACUGCGAGCCAGCGUUCUGGUGUUCCAUCGGCUACUACGAGCUGAACCAGCGUGUCGGCGAGACCUUCCACGCGUCGCAGCCCUCACUCACAGUGGACGGCUUCACCGACCCCUCCAAUUCGGAGCGCUUCUGCCUCGGCCUCCUCUCCAACGUCAACCGUAACCAAGUGGUGGAGAUGACUCGUCGGCACAUCGGGCGCGGCGUGCGGCUCUACUACAUCGGUGGGGAGGUGUUUGCCGAGUGCCUCAGUGAAAGCGCCAUCUUCGUGCAGAGCCCCAACUGUAACCAGCGCUACGGGUGGCACCCGGCCACCGUGUGCAAGAUCCCGCCGGGCUGCAACCUCAAGAUCUUCAACAACCAGGAGUUCGCCGCGCUCCUCGCUCAGUCGGUGCACCAGGGCUUCGAGGCCGUGUACCAGCUGACGCGCAUGUGCACCAUCCGCAUGAGCUUCGUCAAAGGCUGGGGUGCCGAGUACAGGCGUCAGACGAUCACGAGCACACCGUGCUGGAUUGAGCUGCACCUCAAUGGGCCUCUGCAGUGGCUCGACCGUGUGCUCACGCAGAUGGGCUCUCCCACCGUGCGCUGCUCCAGCAUUUCAUGAACGCCGCCGUUGGCGGCGGCGCCAGUCAACGCUCGCUUUCCCCGCGCGUCAUUCGGUACCUUUUAGAUCCUCGUCUUAAAUGAGCACGGUUAACCACUUUUUCGAAAAACACACACGCACGCGCGCAGAGAAGCAGCACUGUUCUCGCAGACGCUGAAGCGGAGAUUUUCUUUCCGUGGCUGAACGUCUCUCCCUUGAGCUCUGGUGCUUGCAUGCGAAGUGUUUCUUGUGCCCAUCCGCAGUUUCUUCAGUUUGCAAGCACGUCCAUCGGAUGUUGCUUUUCUUAAAUUUCUCUAUUUCUCUAUAGCACUUUGCCAACUGGUGUACACUUCCAGCUCACCACUGACACAUGCAGCUUGAAUUAUUUUGAUGAGACAUCGUCAUCAUCUCCAAAUUAAGGCCCCUCCUCACUCCCCCGCCACCACCAAUUUUCCAAUGUUUAUUUUUCUGAAUUAAAAUUGGAAUCUAAAGUAUAUUUUUUUUGCUUCAGAUUAUAAGCUCUUUUAAUAAAGCGUUAUAUUCGUGGCGUUAUGGAAAAUCCCAUUAGGCCCCAUUUAAUUAAAUGAACCCCCAGAAAAAGAAAAAAAAUGACACCAAUAGUGAGCAAUUCACUGAUGCAGGGCACAUGUGGAUUUCAUCACUGCCAAAUCAUUUACCAAAACCAAAGCACUUAUAUAUAUUUCUACUCUUCAACUUUUUCAGCAUAUUGUUCACAUUGUAUCACAAAUACCCAGGCACAAUUAUAUUCAAUUAUGUCGUCUCCAAUUUCCCACAGCGCUAGAGCAGGACUUCUGUAAAGCUAACGUGCCGUGCCGUAUUAAAACUGUACCAGUGUGGCCUUUGUUAUUACAGUAAAGGAUUGCCGUCCCUUGGAUAACCUUUGCAACAUGUACGGCAGUUGCCAACCACAAUCUUGCCGGAGUGUUGUGAGCGUUUCAACAUUUUGGCAGCACGCAAAUUAUGCCCAUCUGUCGUUGUGUGAGGCAUUGUGAGCAAGGGAGAAUAUGCUAAUAAUGCAAUAAUUACCUGUGCUUUUAAAAUGCCAUUCCUCGCUAUAUUCAUUAGUCAACUGAAUAUGGCUUGCGGUGACAAACUGGGCUGCAUUGUUUUGGGGAUGGGUAAGGAUGGGGUGGGGGGGGGGAAUAUUUCAGAUUCUUUCAUGCAUAAGUAGGUCACUCCCUUCAUAUUUGGAAAUCCAGGGUUAAAAAUCCUGCCCAGAUUCCAGGAAAGAGCCACGAGUUUGAGCCAUCGGGUAAAAAAACAAAAAUGCGAUGCAAACACAACAAAGCAUUCGGCGCCUCUCAGUGCGGCGAUGGCGGCAAGACGUGCGACCCCGGUGCCGGUGACUCUGGGAGCAUCUCAAGCAAGCCAAACACGGCCCAGGCCCGUUAAUUUCCCGCACAAAGGGAACCUAUCCAAUGGCUGCAAUUUCUGUUGACGCCACGGCUCUGCGAGCUGAGAGAGAGAGAGAGAGGGGGAGAGAACUCUGUAAUGGCAGCACUGCGAGCUCGAGACCGCCGGACAAGGAGGGUGGGGUGGGGGCACGGAAGUGGAGCCCCGGGACGACAAGGGGGCGGCCGCGACGGGCACGAGGGCUGUCUCUAUUUGCGCAGACGUCUCGCCAUGUCCGCACUUGCUGGCCAAAAACGGCCACAAGAGAACGUGUGCACCCCGCAUCGGUUCGGGGGGGGGGGGCAUGCCAGGGCACAUCCACCGCCAGACGGCAAGCUAAGGCGCCCGGCAGCUCAUCAAGCGAUAAUUGUCUGUGAGGCGAGGCGGGCUCGUGAUCACUGAACACGUCUUGGGCAGGCUGGCGGCAUGUCACUAAUGCGCAAAAGUGAAUCGAAUGAGGUUUUACGGUUUUUGUUUUUUCCCGAGAAAAUGUUGGUCUAUCACUUACUAGGGCUGUUUUGCUUUUAAUCAAGCCAAUAAGUAGCGUAGUGUAUGUCGUAGCACUUGCUCUUAAUCUGCCUUUGCGUUGUAAUAGCCAGCAGCAAUGUGAAAUCGGUAUUUUGAGUGCAUAUUUUGCAGUUAAGCACAAUUUCAAAAUCAUCGCAAUCCGAAGUUCGACUCUCGCCCUUAGUGUAGCGUUUCUGCUUUCGUUUGUAAAAUGCACCUUUUUGUUUUCUAACAGAUGUAUACGUUGUUCUUUUAAUAGACUUAUGAAUAGUAUUUUUCUUUUAAUUUCCAAAUAAUUUUCAUUUGCUUAUAUAAUUGUGCAAUUUGUGUGUGUUAUAAGAGUAUAUAAUUCAGAACCUGCAGUGCCACGUACACGUUUAGUUGUCAGAUUUCUGCCUAUGGUGUCGAUAGUCAUCUCAUUUUUAUUAGUCUUUUAAGUUUCAACUUUUUUGCAUUAAUGUUUCACUCCCUGAAAACCUUAAGCCUUUUGAAAAGAUAUGUAUAAGAUAUAUAGUUUAGCUUAAAUGCAUUCAAGAAGAUCCAGUUACCGGCUUAAUUGAGAACGUAAAACUUUUCGCCUGCGUGCUGAUUUUCUGUGGAACACAUGGCCAACUCGUGUUGGUAUAGCCAGUAACGUGUUCAAUGCUGUUGAAUGUUUUAUGCUGAAUGUGUUUUUGUUUGUGCUCCCCCCCUGCCAUGCUUUUUACAGUCUAACAAUGAAAGUACUUAUCCUACGAGUCAAAUAUUUUCUUAAAACGUUUAUAGGGAGAUGAUUUUUGCUUAGUGUGCAGGGUGUUUUUGCUUUCCACUUCAUUCUCGUUGGUGACGUGUUGAACUUUAUAUCAAGGCACACACAUUGUGAGUGGAGGGAUCCAGAGCCAAACAGUGCAGAAGGAACAGCAUCUUCAGGUGUUUCGUGGGAAUUUUUUUCCAAGUGGCGAUGACACUAGACCGUGACAAGUGGGGGGCACUGGGUUGCCCGAUGUGUCAGUGCUACGGUAUGGAAAUAAGUACCUCGUACAUUCAUUUGAUAGGAAAAUGACAACAAAAAUCCCUUUGAUGAAACAGGAAAAAAUCUGGUGGUUUCUUGAUCGCAUGAACAUUGAGAUGGUGCUCAUCUUGUGUUUAAUGCCCUGAGCCAGUGGUGUACAUUCGACAUUCACGUGGCGGGGGCAAGUAUAUCCAAUAGUACAAUCAUUGUCGAAUUCCCCACUAAGUGGUACUUAUUUUAUCGACCCCCCCGGAGAAACGAUGGGCUGAGUCAAACCACGCCCCAACCAGGAUUUGAAUUCGCAGCCUUACCGAUUGCGAUCUGCCCACUCUACCGCCGAGCCGCAAACCAUGAAACGCAAUCACGAAACAAGCGUGGUCUAAUUCCUCUGACGCCCCCUUCAACUGCCGAACGCGCGUAGUGCACCCCUAAUAUUUCGGAAGGCAAUAGGAAGGGAUUCUUGAGCAGUAUUUCCUGCCCUUUGCAAGGGAAGCGUUUGGUGAAGGUCAACGAGUGUUUCGUGAGCCCUUGUUUGUUCAGCCGGCGCCUGCCAAGUGCCCGUGGCACCUGCGAGCCUUUUAGCGGCAGGCGAACAGUGCCCCGAGGGCCUGUGGGUGGACGGAGGGACGGAAAAUGCGACAUCUCGACGCGCCGGCAAUAAUGUGAAGGCGGUGGGGGGAGGAGAACGAUGCCCAAAUAAUAUAAGAGAAAUUGUCCCAGGUGGUGCCAUAUUAUUUUUAGUUGUUGCUGUAAACGAAUUCGCUUGAAGUAAAAAAAAAACGAUCAUUUGAAAAACUGAAAAAGCGAACUGUAAAAAAUAAUAAUACUGAGCCGAUUGUGUUUGUUUUCAAACGUGGUCACGUACGAUAUAUUUUCGUAAAUACUGUACCUAUUUCCCCGCUGCCCUUACUACGGCCGUCUCAUCAUCCCGGCCGCUGACGACGUGGCGCUGACCUCUCGCGACGCGCGCGCCUCUUCGUCCCCUUGUGUUGCAUAAUGGUCGGUUGCAUUACGCAGAACAUUUGCAGUGAAUACACAUUUUGCUUGGAAUUGCUGUAUAAUGGAAGACGCCACCCCCGCCCCCCCCCCCCCCGUGUGUACAUAUGAAUAAUGUAUCACAUGUAUUUUAUAAUAAACCAGCUUAUUAAAAAAAAUUGCUCCGCCCCC